AUGGUUAAGAAGCAAGAAGAAAUGAAUGAGUGUGGUGCUGCUCUCAAUGGUGGAAAUGGCAAAGUGGGGACUUCUUCAGUGUCACCACCACAAGAGAAAGGAAGGAAGAACAAGAGAAAGUUAGCUGAUCCUUCUCAGCAAAACGCUGCUUCUUCCUUGACUGAAUUCCCUCGGUACGAGCUGCAUUCACUGAAAUUCCCAAACCCUUUGAGUGAAAACGACUCGACGAGAGCGGAAGAGUCCGAUUCCAUAGGUUGGGAUGAUCCGUUUGCAUGUCAGCUCGAAGAGCUAUUAUCAUCGAAUCUGCUCAACCUCUACCGCAGUGCAAUGAAUCAGAUUGUGGAUUGUGGUUAUAGAGAGGAUGUUGUUCUCAAAGCUAUCUCGGGCAGUAGGCUUUACUGCGGGGGAAAGGACCUCGUGGCGAACAUUGUCAAUGAUUCGUUGAGCUUUUUGAGUAAUGGGAAAAAAGGUUUGGCUUUGAGAGAAACUGUGUUUGAGGAUUUACAACAGCUUGUUGCGUAUACGUUGGUGGAGAAGAUCAGUCUUGUUAGAGAGGUUAGGCCUUCCCUUUCACCGGUUGAAGCAAUGUGGAGGCUGUUGAUGUGUGACUUGAAUGUUUUGCAAGCAUUUGAGGUGGAAGGAGAUGGACUGGAGGGCUCUUCUUCAGCUUUCAGUACAAGCAAAUCUUCUGAGUCUGCAGGAGCUGAGAGCAAUCCUCCAAAAUCUAGUGACUCGGAUAAUCCGAAGCCGCAACCAUCCAAUACUCAAGGCAAUCAGAGUGAGGCAGUCAAAUUUGGGAACUUCCCGAAUUCAACCAACUCAAAAUGUUCUCAUGGUAGCGGAGCAACACCAGGGAAAGAGGUAUUUUCUGUUAACAAUGCUUCUGGUGAAGGCACUAAAACUACAUCCCUGACUUCUGUUUCUGAUGAAAAAUUAGUAUCUUGUCGAAAAGUCCGAAGCAAGAAAGAUAUGACCAUGCUUCGGCAGAAGUCAUGCGUGGAGAAGCUUAGAAAUUAUAGCAAAGGUGGUGGAUAUAAGACGGCAAAGUUCGCUUCAGUCGGUGGUUUCCUUGUGGAGAAGAGAAGCAAAGCGGCUAAUGAUUUGGCAAGAAACUCUUCAUCAAAAGUAAAAUCAGAGGCUGCGAAAGCUCCUGUGGCCGAGAGUAACGGUACUAAGUCAUGUGUUCUUGCUUUACCUGCUGUUAAAGCUUCAGCACCAUUACCUUCAGAAAAGAAGUGUGGUUCUGAGUCUGAAGAAAAGGCUUCUGUGUCCACAAAGCCAGCACCUGACUACUAUGCUGCGAUCCCGUAUGAUGCAACUCUGGGUAUAUAUGUUCCCCGGAGCAAGAGAGAUGAGUUGAUUCUGAAGCUAGUCCCCCGAAUGAAAGAUCUGCAGAAUGAAAUGCAGGUUUGGACUGACUGGGCUAAUCAGAAAGUAAAGCAGGCUACUGUUAGGCUUCUUAAGGACCAACCAGAGCUUAAGGCACUAAGGAAAGAGAAAGAAGAGGCAGAAGAGUUUAGGAAAGAGAAGCAGUUAUUGGAAGAGAACAGUAUGAAAAGGCGGUCUGAGAUGGAGCUCGCGUUGCAGAACGCAACGAACCAGGUCGAGAAAGCUAACAACACAGUUCGCAGGCUCCAGUUGGAACAGGCGCUGUUAAAGAAAGAAAGGUUUGAUGCUAAUUUAGGAGCUGCCGAAGCCGCUGAGAGCUGUAUAAAAGCAAAGGAGAGAGCGCAAAGAGCGCUGAAGAAAACUCAGUCGUUUGAAGGACAAAAGGUUUUGUUGCAGGAAGAGCUCAAGAGUCAAAGGGACAAGGUGGCAGAGCUGCAGCAAGAAGUUGCCAAGGCCAAAAAGCGCCAUAACCAAAUUGAGGCUACUUGGAAACAAGAAAAGGCAGCGAAAGGGAAACUCACUGCUCAAGCGGCUGCAUUAAACAAAGAGAGAGAGAAACUGGAAGAAGUUGGAAAAGCAGAAGAAGAGCGGAUCAAAACAAAAGCAGAGAACGAUGUGAAAUACUACACUGAGAACAUCAAAAGACUCGAGAGCGAAAUCUCGAAGCUGAAACUCAAAUCAGAUUGCUUGAAGAUAGCUGCAUUGAAGAAAGGCAUCGACGGAAGCAAAGGUGGUAACAAGAGCGGAAUGACUCAUAACACCGCAACAAAGGAGAACCUGAUGAUGGCAGUAGCAAGCGUGUGGGAGAAUCAUAACGGGACAGAGGCGAAAAUCAAAAGGGAGAGGGAAUGUGUCAUGUGUUUGUCUGAAGAGAUGAGUGUGAUUUUCUUGCCUUGUGCUCAUCAGGUUCUUUGCUCUAAAUGCAAUCAGCUUCAUGAGAAGGAGGCCAUGGAGGAUUGUCCGUCUUGCCGGGCCAAAAUCCAGAGGAGAAUUCAGGCUCGUUUCGCUCGCGGACCAAUCUUUCUUACCUACUUGGAGUAUUCUGAUUAUGUUCCUAAAGAGUAUCCACUUGUGAAUCUCAACUCCCUAGUGGAAGCUAAGCUGGAUCUUCAGGUGGACGAAGAUACUUUAUGGGUUGAGGAACAUGAAGACAAUUUUGAUCCAAUGAAUCUGAUUAAUGGGCUUAAAAAUGCGGAGAUCUUGGACUUAACCAUUGAUACUAUGGAGACAGCGAUUUCGCCAUCGUCGGGUCGAUUGAUGUUGGAAGCCAUCAUCUACUUGGACCCAAAGAUCAAGAGGGAUCUGAGAGCUCUUGAACGUAACCAUCUUACUGUGGACGGUGCUGAUGAUGUUGACAUCCGCCACAUGUUGAAUUUCAAUGCUCCAUGA